UACGGCCACCAAUGUCCUUCCUCCACCUCAUCUUCCAAAGAGUACUACGAAUUCAACUGCAGUAACAGCCCUGCUUUCCACCUUCCCUUCAACCUCAACAAGCGCAGUAAGCACAGUCAUCACCAUGCACCUGCAACUGACGACGACGUUUUAAUGGUGAACGCUGCUGUGUUGAAGGCGUUGGAGAUGAUUCAGAGUGAAACGGCGUCGCCUGCUUUGCCUGGAUUUGGGAGAACUCCUACGGUGAGGCAAUUAAGGGUAACUGAUUCGCCGUUUCCUCUUAGAGAUGGAGAGGGUAACAGUCACGUGGAUGAGAAAGCUGAUGAAUUCAUUUCAAGAUUCUACAGAGAUUUGAGACGAGAAGCUUCUGCUUUUGCUUAAUGUUUGUCGCUUUUGGGAAUUCAUGCAUGUGGUUAUAGCCUCUGCAAAAAAACAAGAUCAUUUCAGAAAUUUUUAGAAGAAAGCACAAAAAGAAAAUAAUGUUAGAAUAUAAAUGUGAUAAUACCCUCUUCGGUAAUUUGUUUUUUGCUAUAAUACUUUCAAGGCUGGAGUCCUGAAAUUUUGCAUCCACAAAAAAUCUCUCUUAUUUUAAUUGUGGAGUAGUUGUUAAUACAGUCAAACCUCUCUAUAACAGCCUCGUUUGUUCCGAAUA